AUGUUGCGUAAAAGACACUGCUGGAAGUGCGGCAGAGGCUUUUUGCGUGCGGGCCAGAAGCUGCGGUGUGGUCGGUGCUCUGUCAAGUAUGACAACGGCCUCCUUCCAUAUUCGCCGCUUUACACAGGGCCACGACACAAGCCACGGGAUGCACGCAUGGUGUUGGAUGCUGCAUACUGUUUCAGUCUCGGUGUUCCUUGUGAUGCGGCUCAGCAUCUGGCAGGCAUGAAUCACAAAGUUGCAGAGACGUUGUACGAGAACUUUAAGACUGUUACUGCUUUGGCUGAGUACGUCUUCGCGAAGCAGUCAUUCUUUGAGGACGAAGACGUGGAAAGCGACCUCUUCUCGACCAGGAAGCGCAAGCGGGAUGACCAAGUUGUUCAUGAGGGACGGUUCCUUGUGAUGGCAAGCAGGGACACCAAAGCCGGCAGAAAGCGUCCAAUCCUCGUGCCUCUGCGGGAUAGAGCCGUGAAAGCUGGAGGCCGACCUCCUCCUGACAGCAUGAAGGACAUUGGGCAGCCACUGAAGGAGAAAUUGCGAGGUGGAUGCAUGCACUUCACGGACGGUGCCCGAGCCAACGAGUCUGCGCAUCGUCUUCCUUGUCUGGAGCAGCCCUUGCUAAGUUGCAACCACUCCGCAAAGCAGUACAGCCGUUUUGCUAAGCUUCCGUUGGCAACGUUGACGGAGAGACUGCGGCGACGUCUGGAAGCGAGGUCUUCCAGCUCCCAGAACAGUGCUCGGUUUCGUGUGUCCACGAACAUGAUCGAAGGAUACAUUGGGUCCUUGAAGGUGGCCCUCCGCAGAAUGAACAGCGGCAGACUGCCAAGCACCCAGCAACAGUGUCGGUCCGUGCUAUCGGCAGCAUACUUUCGCAGGGCUCCCGGUCUUGAAAACUUGGGCAAGGCAUUCCAGAUAUUCUACGAGUUUUUUGUGGACAAGGACGAUCCGCGGCUUGUGUGGAAGCAGGCGGACGAAUGGCUGCAGCAAUGCACACAGCUGGAGAACGCAUACCCUGCUCAGAGGGCGUGUCUCAUGCCUUCGGAAGUGCGGCAGCAGCUGGAUGAAGAGAUGUCCUACCUGCAGGACCUUGAUGUUUUAGAGACCGUGACAGACAUCACGACUUCCAUCUUGGAAAGAAGGUGGUGGUGGGCUGAGCAUGUGCGGGCGGGCGUCCCCUCCCCGUUGCAGCAGACUGGUGCCAUGUCCUUUCGACUGCAAGUGGCUCUGGAGUUUGACGCUGCUACAUGGAGACAAUCUGCAGAAGCCAUGCUCUCGGAGAUGAAGAUAGUCUUGGCUCACAUGGAGCAGAACAAGAUCGUGUACAGUGCCGGUGCUCGCAAUGCGGAAGCCUUCCAGGCAUUCGCAGUUUUGGUAGAUCUAAUCCUCGCAGGCUUACUGCAAGAACCUGCAGGCAGUCACGUCUAG